UUGAAAUUGAAAUUGAUUUUUUCUCACAAUCAGGGAACGUCAUUCUUUUAGGUGAUCUUAAUGCAAGAGCAUCCAAUAACGAUGGUGUAAUUAGUACUGAUGGAAAUAAUUUUAUUACUGGAGAUCUAAGUGGRACAUCAUCUCAAUCUAUUAGUUCAAGAAACUCUUUUGAUCUUACACAAAACAAACAUGGGGAAUGUCUAAUUAAUAUGUGUAAACAUCUUAACCUAAGAAUUUUGAAUGGAAGAGUUAAAGGUGAUUCUUUAGGAAAAAYGACUUAUCACGGUUAUAAUGGAAGUAGUACUGUAGACUACAUACUAACUGACUCUCAGCUUUUUGAUUCAAUCUGUUAUUUUACGGUAUAUCCGCCUAMCCCUUUAUCUGAUCACAGUCCAAUAUCAGCAUGGACAUACCCAAUUUUAGAUCACUCCACAGAAAUAAAAAAUAAUAGCAAYYACGAUCAAUUAGAAAAAAUACCUUUGCAAUUUCAGUGGAAUUCUAAUUCUGCUGAUUCCUUCAAAGAUGCUUUACAAUCUUUAAAUGUUCAAAAAUUAAUCCAAGAUUUUAAACAAAAAGAUUACACAAUCUCUUCAAAUACGACAAUAAAUGACGCAAUACAUGAUGUUCAAUUAAUSUUUUUGGAGGCGAGUAAAYUAUCUCUUAAACUUAAUGUCACUAAAUCCAAAAAGAAAAAGAAAACGUUUUGCAACAAAAAAUGGUUUGAUAGAGAUUGUAACAAACUUCGAGUUGAAUUACGAAAACUCUCAAAUUUAAAACAUUCAAACCCUUCUAAUUUUAAUAUAAGACAAGCAUACCAUCAAAAGUUAAAAGAAUUCAAAAAAACACUCAAAAACAAAAAAUGGUCUUUCCAUGACAAAAUCUCGACGGAAUUACAAAAUAAUAAUGAUAACAAUUUGUUUUGGAAAAUUUUAAAUUCAGCAGAUGAAGAAUUCAAAGAAGAAACCGUACCUCCUAUAGAAGAACAACAGUGGAUUAAUCAUUUUCAAAAUUUACAUAGUCAAAUAAAAUGCAACAAUCAAUCACUAAUUACUGACAAACUAAAUGCACUUGAAGAAGCAAGUGUAAAUCUUAAUGUUGAUUUAAAUACAGAAAUUACUGACGAAGAAAUUCUGAAAAAUCUGAAAUUUCUCAAAAACAAUAAAGCUCCUUCUUCUGAUAAAAUUAGAAAUGAAAUGAUUCGUCAUAGUAUCGAUUUUAUGUUACCGAUAUACACUAAAUUGUUUAAUUUAAUACUUGAAUCGGGGAAAUUUCCAGACACCUGGUGUGUAGGCUCUAUAACCCCCAUCUUUAAAAGCGGAGAUCGNAUUUUUUAUUAUGAUCCAGUUCUAAGUCACUGA